AUGCCUGACCAAAAUAACCGCAGUUGUUCCUCUCCAGGCGUCCUGCGGCGGAGUUACCCGCACUCCAAGAGGCGGGCGGCUGCGGACAGACCCCGGAUCCCGGCGGCCCCGCCCCUCCCUCGUCUGCGGCGUCAGGUCCGGUUCCAUAGUCCUCCCCACACCCGCCACCGGGGGAAUACCCGGGAAGGAGGGGGUCUGGCGAGUACGGAUGAGGGCCUCCGGAAGUGGAUGGUGCAGCACGGUGGGGACGGCUGGGUGGUGGAGGCAAACAGGUCAACGGUGCCCGGGGCCCCCUCGCAGACCUGCUUCGUGUCUUCCUUCAGCUGGUGUCGCAAAAAGCAGGUGUUGGACCUGGAGGAGGAGGGUUUGUGGCCAGAGCUACUAGAUAGUGGCAAGAUUGAGAUUUGUGUCUCUGACUGGUGGGGAGCCCGACACGACAGUGGCUGUAUGUACCGACUCCUUGUCCAACUUCUAGAUGCCAACCAGACUGUCCUGGAUAAAUUCUCUGCUAUGCCCGUUCCCAUCCAACAGUGGAACAACAAUGUCUGCUUUCAGGUCACCCACGUGUUCUCCAACAUCAAGAUGGGCGUCCGCUUUGUGUCUUUCGAACACUGGGGCCAGGACACGCAGUUCUGGGCUGGUCACUAUGGAGCCCGUGUGACCAAUUCCAGCGUGGUCGUGCGGGCCCGGUUGUCUUAGUCAAGGGCUGUCCUUGCCCAACAACCUGACCGGUGCCUUCUAGGACUGGGGACCACUGGCCAGGACUUCUCAUUAACCAAGGGCACGUACCUCCCUGGCAUCCUGGGUACUCCAGGAUCCCUUCGAGGGUUCUGCCAGGUCCCCUCUUCAGGUUCUAGAAACUACUAGAAGAAAGUUCUUACUUCAAAGUUACCUACUGCUGUUAUAGGGCAGUCCUCCCUCCGGAGGCCCUCUGAUUCAGCCCCAGUCCCAUCUGGCCUGUCUCCUCUCCUUUCUGCUUUCAGGGGGCUUUAUCGGUCCCUUUAGAGAAGGCCGCUCAUCUCUGAAGUAGAACCUCGUCCUUAUAGCUGGGAAAAUGCCAGCCACCUUGGGUGGCAAACUUAACCCCCUGCAGCUUCAAGGCUGGGAACCAGGUCUCACAGCUGAAAGUCAGCCAGCUCAAAAAAUGUGUGGAGACCCUCAAGGACCCCUGUGAUUGUAUGGUGUAUAAAAUUAUUUUUUAUUUUGAAAUUUUGCGCAAACAUUGAGAGAAUAAUAUAUCAGCGACAACUAUCUGCCGAUCAUAUGUAAUAAAUUUAUUAU